GCUGAUCCUCAUAAACAGCAGGAGCAUACACACAUUUCCACACAACACUGACUACUCAUGACAGCGAUGUCUUCAGCGUCAGACAUCAGUCCUCUGAGCACACACGUGUUGAACACCGGUGAUGGGCUUCCGGCUCAGAGGAUGACCCUCAGUCUGCACCGUCUGGAGCCCCGCAUCACCGUCUGGAGCCUCGUCACUGUCGGGAGCACGAAUGAAGAUGGCCGGUGUCCAGGUCUGAUCAGCAGAGACGCCUUCACUCCAGGAAUGUACAAGAUGCGCUUCGAGACGCAGCAGUACUGGGAGAGUCUGGGCCAGUCCAGCUUCUACCCUUACGUGGAGAUCAUCUUCACAAUAUCAGACGUGGAUCAGAAGCUCCAUGUGCCGCUGCUGAUCAGCAGAUUCUCCUACAGCACAUACAGAGGCAGCUGAGAUGACAGACGCAGGGCCCGUAUUCACGAAACACUGCAUGACACCAGUAAAAGUUCUCCUAAAUCUCUGUUCAGUUUUUAACUCGGAGUUCUCUUAUUAAACCUGUUCAGAAGCUGCUGAGAGUGAGGAUGUGUUGACCACUUUACUGUGAGUGAUGUCAUAAUCCUCAUUAACUAUGCACACAGUGAUUGGCCGAGGGGGAGGAGCCUAUGUCAGAGAUUUGAUUCAUUGAAAUAACACAGAACUCAAGUUUAUGUGUCCAUAUUUACAUAAAUGAUUCAAAAUCCAAAUAUUGCUGUGUUUAAAUAAAGAUUUUAAAUGCAGAUUAAGUGUAAAAGUAUGUUUACUGCUUUUAAUGUUUUGGACAUUAAAUCAAGAUUUUCUUUCAGUGUUUUCUUAGGAAAUAAUUCAUAUUUUUUAUCUAUAAUUUCAUUUAUUCUGUAUCCUCUGUAUAAUUUAGGAGCUACUUUUAUCCUUAAGAUGUUUUGUGAGAACGAGCUCAGUCUAUUACACACCACAGCAUUACUUUCUGAAUGUACAUUUGAAUGUAAUAUUUGGAUUUAUUAUUA